AUGCAGCCGAUUCCUAGGAUGAUUCAGAGCGGCCACAAGUCACCCUCCGAUAGCCGUCCGUGGUCUCCACCGCCGGAGCCUGAAUUUCUUUUACGGAAAGAGGCAGACAAGUCGGUCGCUUGCAGCAAGAGCCAGGACCGCGCCUCCCAGGUCAGGGCACCCCAGUGCCACACCGACUGCAUUGAGGCCCCCCUGUCGCGGCUGUUCCGCCGGCUGGGGCGCUUAGUGGCCAAGUACCCCUGGGUUUUCCUGCUGCUGCCGGUGUUGCUGUCUGCCGGCCUGGGAAGUGGCUUUAUAUUCCUGGAACAGCGCAAAUCAGACGACAUCGAGGAGCAGUUCACGCCCGUUGGGGGCCCGGCGAAGGGAGAGAGGAGCCUGGCCCAGGAGUAUUUUCCUACCAAUGACUCGUGGCGCUUUUCGGAGUCCAGGCUCAUAACAGAGGGCUCGUUCGCCUCGCUCCUGGUGGUCUCUACCUCCUCGGACUUGCUGACACCAUCUGCUUGGGAGGAGGUCAGGUUGCUGGACACCACCGUGAGGAACCUGAGUGUAAAGAACACAGAAGGAGAAGGGGUCUCCACCUACGCAAACCUGUGCGCCCAGACGCUCUCUGGGUGCAGUCUCCCUAACCCGCUUCUGGAAUUUCAGACUGUGCCCACGAGUCUUACUUUCCCCGUCCUGGAGGUAAAUGGCACCCUCUCGGUCUUUCUGGGCAGCCUGGUCGGGGGCGUGGAACUCGGGUCCGGGGUAAGCCCCUACAGGAGGCUGGAGUCGGCUAAGGCUCUGAAGCUGGUGUACUACCUGCGUGAAGACGCAGAGCACGACCGUGAAAUGAGCCGCAAAUGGCUGAGCACUUUCCUCCAGGACUUCCCGUUGAAGCUACCGAGCCUGCAGCUGGAGAACUUGGAGGUGUCCUACUUUACAUCACUAUCCAGACAAGAGGAAUUCGAAGGAAAUGUGAAGGAAGUAAUUCCAUUGUUUUCUGUCUCCUACUUUCUCAUCAUAUUCUUUUCAGUGGUCUCAUGUUAUAGGAUGAAUCACAUAAUCAGCAAAAUGUGGGUGGCAGCAUUUGGAGUCAUUUCAGCUGGUUUAGCAGUGCUGAGCAGCUUUGGCCUCUUGCUGUAUUGUGGGGUGCCAUUUGUUGUCACAGUUUCCAAUGCACCAUUUCUUAUUCUAGGAGUUGGUGUUGAUGACAUGUUUAUCAUGGUUUCUGCCUGGCAGCGGACCAGACUCAUCCAUAGCGUUGAAGAGAGGCUGGCUGAUACCUAUGCAGAGGCAGCUGUGUCCAUUACAAUCACCACGCUGACUGAUGUCCUUGCCUUCUUUGUCGGGAUCAUGACCUCUUUCAAAUCUGUGCAGGCCUUUUGUAUCUAUACAGGAACAACCCUUCUUUUUUGUUUUUUAUAUAACAUUACCUAUUUUGGAGCAUUUCUUGCCCUCAAUGGUAAAGCUGAAGUCUAUCUGAACAAAUUUGCCUUUCAACAAGAGCAGGGCAGAUAUUCAGUUGCAAAAAAGAUUCUCUGUAGAAAAGGCCUUUAUAUCUCACCAAAUGGUGAAGAAGAAAUCCAUGCAAUGAAUGCGUUCUUUAGGAAGUAUUAUGGCCCCUUGCUCACGAACAUGUGGUCUAAGUUGUUUGUGGUGCUGCUCUAUGCUGGCUACCUGGCUGCUAGUAUCUAUGGGUGUUUUCAAAUCCAGGAAGGUAUAGACCUUCAAAACCUGGCCAGUGAUAACUCCUAUGUUGUUCCUUAUUAUUCUAUGGAAAAGAAAUAUUUUUCAGAAUUUGGUCCUAGGAUCAUGGUUUUUGUCACUAAAUCUGUAUCAUAUUGGGAUGAACUCAUUCGGAACGAUUUGGACAAUUGUAUUGAAUCAUUAGAAAAGAAUAAGUAUGUCAAUGAAGCAUUCUCAGAUUCUUGGUUAAGGGCAUAUGAGAAAUAUUUAGAAGCUAUACACCAAGAUAUAAAUAAUAGGACUAUUUUUAUCAGACACUUAGACCAAUUUUUAGAAUUCUUUCCAGAGUAUGAGUGGGAUAUUCAAGUUAAUAGAACUGCAAGAGAAAUAUUGUCUUCCCGGUUCUUCAUUCAGUCAGUAAAUGUCAGUACUGCGGUGAGUGAAAAGACGAUGUUAAACCAACUAAGAAGUAUUGCUGCGCAGUGUGACAUUCCUCUUACUCUGUAUCACUCUGCAUUUAUCUAUUUUGAUCAGUAUACUGUGAUCGUAGACAACACUAUUCAAAAUGUUGCUGUUGCAGCUGCUGCCAUGUUGGUAGUUUCCUUAUUGUUCAUUCCCAAUCCACUAUGUUCUUUGUGGGUCACCUUUGCUAUCUCAUCUGUGAUUGUGGGUGUGGCAGGUUUUAUGUCAUAUUGGGAUGUCAAUCUUGAUUCCAUAUCCAUGAUCAACCUUAUCAUUUGUAUUGGGUUUUCAGUAGACUUUUCUGCUCAUAUUUCUUAUGCAUUUGUUUCUAGUGACAGUAUGAGUGCAAAUCAAAAAGUAAUUGAGGCAUUGGAUCUCCUGGGCUACCCAGUGGUACAAGGUGCUGCUUCUACCAUAAUAGGGGUGGUCGCCUUAGCUGCAGCAAAUGCUUAUAUCUUCAGGACUUUCUUCAAGAUUAUGUUUCUGGUUAUCUUGUUUGGGGCUGCUCAUGGCCUCAUCUUCAUCCCAGUGUUUUUAACGUUUUUUGGAAUUUGUAGCAGAGCCCAUGAAGAGAUUCCUUGUAGAGAUUCUGACUGCCCUUAA